UAUCUUGUGGGGAUCCCAGGAACAAUAUUUUAUUUCGGUGUUUUUAAAGAGAAAUCAGAAGUGACCUGGCGGUCGUAUGAAUUAAAAAAGAUAUCUAUACAAGGGGACGAGGCUCUCAGACUUGUUUAGGUUGUAUUUGGCCCUAAUAUCCUGUCGGUUUAGGCCAAUAAAAUUUAUAAAAUUCCUAACCUAAGUUUACUGAAAAUAUAUUAGCGGCAACAUGAACAAACAAUCUCCGGAGGAGAGGAUUUCCGACUUGGAAUCGUUAAGCGAAUUUCUUAAAAGUCACGAUAAUUCCCAAAACCGUUUCUAUAUUUCACCGAUUCCAGAAAUAUGUACAGAGCACCCUUGCUUGUUGGGCAUUGAUGAAGCUGGCAGGGGACCCGUAUUUGGACCCAUGGUAUAUGGUACUGCUUUUAUCCCAAUUAAUGAACAAACUUUGCUCGAAACUCUAGAGUGUGCAGAUUCUAAAGCAUUAAAUGAAGAGAAACGAAAUCAAAUAUUUAGUAACAUAUGCCAAAAUUCUGGUAAAAUCGGGUGGGCGGUGGAGGUGAUAGCUCCAAUGUCGAUUUGUAACAGUAUGCUCAGCAGAUCCAAGUAUUCUUUAAAUCAAGUGUCAAUGGACUCUGCCAUUGGUCUAAUAAAAGCGGUCCUAAACAAAGGGGUUAAAAUCGAGCAUGUAUAUGUCGACACAGUUGGUAAGCCGGAAAAGUACCAAGAAUAUCUGAAGUCCUUGUUCCCGAAACUUAAGAUAACUGUCGCUAAGAAGGCUGACUCGACUUAUCCUAUUGUGUCAGCUGCUAGUAUAUGCGCCAAAGUUACCAGAGAUCACUCAUUAAGUGUAUGGACAUUCCCAGAGGGUAAUGAUUUUGGGGAGUUUGGAAGUGGAUAUCCGGCUGAUCCUGUAGUAAAAAAAUUCUUGAUUGAUAAGUCUGAUCCAGUGUUUGGAUAUCCACAACUUGUCCGAUUUAGUUGGGCUACUUCAGUGAAUGCACUCAAGGAAACUGCAUACCAUGUUGAUUGGGAAGAUGUUGAAGAAGAAGACUCACAAAAAAAUGUGUCCAUAACAAACUUUUUUAAAAUGACAAAUAGGGAAAAACAAGAAAAAACUCAACACGAAUUUUUCACCCAAAGGUGUCUCAGUAGAAAGGUAGAAUUGUAGUC